AUGGCCCAGGCCUCGACGCUGAGGCGGGCGACGGAGGCGCUGGAGCUGCUGCUGCGGCUGGGGAGCGCCGGGGCCGCGGGGACAGCUUCAGGCCCCCUCCAGGCCACCCAGAGUGCUGCUCUGCUGGAAUCCUUGACCUCCCGUGUGGCCGCUUUGGAGGAGAAGUUCAGUCAAGACCCUCAAUGGGAUGAGCUGCGGAGGCUGAAAGCGGAGAUCCGCGAGGAGGCGUGGUGGGCUGCCCCUUGCCAAGACACGUCCUGGACGUUUACUGCCCAAGUCUUGCUCCUACUGCUGUGUGUGAAGCGGUGCAUGGUUCUCUUAGCUGCUGGCUACUGCCCACCUCCGCCAGACCCCACGGUGGCUGAAGCAGCCCUCCCUCUCAGCCCGGACACCCUCAGCGUCUCUCAGGAGAGAACCGUGCAGGCAGCGCUGCAGCUGGUGGCCACCCUGGGUCUUUGCCCGUAUCUUUGGCCGGGUGUCGGCCUUCCCCUGGGACACAGGACAGAGUUCAGCACACUGGUUCAACACGUGGUCUCACCUGGCAGCAUUUCCAGUGCCAUGCGCAGGCUUUAUGCCUCCUGCACCAUCUUGCUGGAGAUCACACAGCACCCAUCUCUGGGCAGCCUUGUUCUCACGCGCCAUCUUGGCGAUCUCCUGGCGGGGCUGUGCCAGCUGGCCUUUGGUCCCAUGAGGAGGAAGGGUGACCAAGCAAAGCCACAGGGGGAACUGAUGGGCCUGACAGAAGAGGAGCGCGCCCGCUGCAGAGACGCCUUGCAAGGCCUUUUGGACCGAGUUUACCAGCCGCUGGUGGUUCGAGAGUUGCUGAUUCUUCAAGGAGGACCCAAACAGGGCUCUUAUUCCAACGGGCGUGAGGGCGAGCAUCAUCUCGCUCCAGCUCCAUCCUGGCUCCGUCGCCUCUGUGGGCAGCUACUCUCCAAGAGGCUGAUGCGACCUGGGGGUGUUCAGGCUGUGGUCCGUGGCAUCCUGGAGGGAGCAGGAGCUGGGGCAGCGGGGGGCAGCGGUGCCGAAGCAGCAGUGGCUGACUGGCGGAAGUGUGACUCGGUCGCCAGGAUCCUGUCUUCUUGCCCUCAGCAGUCCCUGUCUUUGGAAGAUUACUACCAGCAUGUGUGCCCCCAGAUUCUGCAGCUGCUGCUCAUUCAGGAUCAACUCGUCGCACAGCAGUUCCAGAGAGUUGCUGUCACAACGGUGCUCACCAUAGCUAGAGAACACCCUCGGCAGGCAGAGAAGUACCUGCUGGGCCCCAUGCUGGAGCCGCUCCUGCGCUGCCUGGAAGGGGCAGCUCUGCCUCUGGAAGACCUGCCAGCAGGGACAGUGGUGGUGAAGGAGGAGGAGCUCACCGGCUGUGUGGAAGCCAUCUUUAAGGUGUGUGUGGCUGACCAUGAGCCUUCGGUCAUGUUGCUGGGCUCCUUGCGGCCGGCGCUGGGAGCCAUCUUCUCCCUCUUCUGUUUCACCAAGCAAAACGUGUCUUUCUUACGCGCCCCGUGCCAGGAGAUCUUGUUGUGGUUCUUGGAGAAGUCUGGGAGAGAGGCGGCACUGUCUGAUCUGGAAGGACUGGCGAGGCUGGGAGGGGGCAUCCGCAUUCUCCACCCGUUUUGCCAGUUUCGGGUUGCCAGUGAAGGGGGUGCUGUGAUCGCCAUCAAAGAGGCUGUCAGGGAUGAAGAAGAGGCGCUCUAUCAGAAGGUUACCUCCGAGCAGUGGCAGCUGGAGCAGUUGGUGGACUUGCUGUCUCGCAGCCAAGGCCUGGCCGGAGACUUCUUCCUCCAUUGCUUAAAGGCACUGACGCACGUGGCAGGGCGAGGGGCUUCCCAGAUGGAGUCUGUCUCGCUCUCUUGUGAGAGGUCUGUGAACCUGGAGCCGGGCUGCAACCGGUCCCUCGAACCCCAGGAGAGGCAGCUGCACGUGCUGCAGCUGGUGGCCAUGCUGUGUGAGAGCGUCUCUGAUGCGCUGUUCACAGACGUUUCACAGGUUGUAGAGUUUGUCGCAGUAACCUUGCAGCGGGCCUGUGUGAGCGGAGGCGUGGUGGAGGCCCAGACGUUGAGCAUGGCCAUGGGGUUAGUGGCUGCCCUCCUGGGAGGGGCCGUGCAGCUGAAGUCGGCCGACUUUGCAGCCUUGAAGCGGCUGGUGCCCCUGCUGGAGGAGGUCUGUCGGGGGCACCCCGAGCCCGUCAUCCAGGAACUUGCUGCUGACCUGCGCAUGACCAUCUGCACCCACGGAGCCUUUUCUCCUGAGAGCGUCUGCUUGGCGGCUCGGAGCACUCUGGGCAGGAGAGAUGCGGGGAAGGCGGAAGCUGGCGUAGGCCAAGACCCCCCAGAGAGACCAGAGGGAAAGGCGCCAGAGCCCAACGCAACUCUGCCCCAGAGGCACGCAGAGAGCAGAGCUGCUGUUGGUCCAGCUCCCGCGACACCUGGAAGGCUCCCGGCUGGGCCGCUGGUUGCAGACUGUCUCCCAGGCUCCCAGGCCCUGCAGGAGCUCCUCUUGUCAGCUUAUGACCCUGACAUCCCGUCGCGAGCCGCUGCCUUGCGCAGCCUUUCCCGCUUGAUAGAGCAGAGGGACCCUGAGGCUCUGAAGAUCCGGGAGAAACUGCUCCAGGUUUUUGUGGAAGGCUUGGACCAUGAAGACUCCUUUGUCUAUCUUUCUGCUAUCCAAGGUGUUGCUCUGCUGUCAGAUGCUUUCCCCAAAGAGGUUCUGCCCUCCCUGCUGGCCCAAUACCAGAGCGGCCCCCCUGGCGCAGAGGAAGCACGACCGGCGGAGGCCAGGAUGAAAGUGGGGGAGGCACUCACGCGCACCACACGGGCUCUGGGAGAUCUGGUUUUCGCAUAUAGAGACCGUUUGAUCCACGUUUUUCUGCAAGGAGCGAAAGAUCCCGACGCUGCCCUCCGAGCCAGCAGCCUGUCCAACCUAGGAGAGCUGUGCCAGGUCCUCCGCUUUCAGCUGGGCUCCGUGGUCCACGAGGUGACUUUGUGUUUGGCAACCAUCGUGAAGUCUGACGGCGAGGCAGGAGUGCGGAGAGCGGCAGUCCACGUGGUGGUGCUUCUGCUGCGCGGGCUCGGCGAGAGCGCCACCGAGGUUCUCCGGGACUCUCUGCUGGACCUGUACCGCCUGCUGAAGUUUGUGGCGCAGCACGAGCGAGACGAGGUGGCUGUGCUGCACGCACAGCUGGCGCUGGAGGAGCUGGACGCCAUCAUGAUGCGGCUCCUCUUUCCCCCUCAGUCCCUGGAGAAAAAGAUUGUGGUCCUCCCAUAG